UACAGUUCAUGUGCCGGCCCGGCCCCUCCCCCGGGGCGGGGCUGCAUCCAGUUAAUGGACGGCUUCAAUUAUUAUCAGCACUUCCAAGAACAAGCAGAUGGCCGGGGAACAAUAAGAGGAGACACUGGCUGUUGUGUGUUGUGUAACCGGCUCUGCUUACUCCACAUUUCCCCGAGUUCCCGUAUCCUGUGUAUGGAGAAGAAGCCAUAACAUCGCCUUGCUGUUUACAUAAGCAGACACUUUCUGGAGGAACGCGAUCAGCAAGAAAGAAGAUCAUCAUCAUCAGCAGAUCUGUGCAACAAAGCUGACGGGUAACUUGUCUACAGAGAAGUACAUCAGUGAUGGCAUCUUUGAAGAUAUGGGACCAUCUGCAGGCUGGCAGCUCCGAGGUGGACUGGUGUGAAGACAACUACAAAAUCGUCCCCACUAUUGCUGAGUUUUACAAUACAGUCAGCAACAUUUUGUUUUUUGUUUUACCACCCAUAUGCAUGUGCCUGUUCCGUCAGUACGCCACCUGCUUCAACAGCGGCAUAUAUUUAAUAUGGACCCUACUUGUUGUGGUUGGAAUUGGGUCAGUGUACUUUCAUGCAACACUGAGUUUCCUGGGACAGAUGUUGGACGAGCUGGCCAUUCUUUGGGUGUUAAUGUCUGCAUUAGCAAUGUGGUUUCCAAAAAGGCACUUGCCUAGGAUCUUCCGGCAUGAUAGGUGGAGAUUUAAAGCAGUAGUCGGAGUUAUUUCUGGAAUUACAACAGUCUUGGGAUUUAUCAAGCCUGCAAUCAACAACAUAUCUCUAAUGACACUUGGAAUACCCUGUACAAUCCUACUCAUUACAGAGCUUAAGAGGUGUGACAACAUGCGAGUUUAUAAGUUGGGUCUGAUGUCAGGCUUUUGGUGGACAUUAGCAUUAGUCUGCUGGAUUAGUGACAAAGCGUUCUGUGAAAUAUGGUCUCAUUUCAACUUUCCCUAUCUCCACUGUGUAUGGCACAUUCUCAUCUGCCUGGCUGCCUACCUCGGCUGUGUCUGCUUUGCCUACUUUGAUGCAGCAUCUGAAAUCCCUGAGCAGGGGCCAGUCAUUAAGUUCUGGCCCAGUGAGAAGUGGGCUUUUAUCGGCGUUCCCUACGUCAGCUUGCUGUGUGCUCACAGAAAGUCACCGGUGAAAAUUACAUGAAUUC